CUUUAGUCUCAGUUUGUUGUCGGUGCCUUUUUCCUAACUUCCAUCAAGUGUUUUUAUAUCAACUAAAAGCCGAAAUGAACUCAAAAUGAUACCAAUGCUAAUUUGGUUUAUAGUUAUCGUGUUGAUUGCACUUUUAGCAUGUCUUGCGAUCAAGUUUUUGGCCCUUCGAAUUGUUCUUGCGUUGCUGUUGACUUUGCCAAUCCUCUUAUCGGUUGCUUUUUGUGUCUUGCGAAGAAGCCCGGUUCAAGAAAGUAAUAAAGCUGUAUUCUUCAAUGCUACCAGUAUUAUCUCGGAUCGUGGAGAAGCACACGGAUCCGUUCACAAAAAUACAAUUCCAGCUUUCCGCCAAGCCAAGCAGAAUGGAGCAGACACAAUUGUAAUGGAUGUCCGAAUGACAAAAGACGGAAUGUUAAUUGUUCUUCUCCCAGAUAGCGUCGACACUGACAAUGCAACAUACAUUGUCGAUGAAACACAUUGGAUUCAAAUGAGCCAGCUUAAUGUUUAUGGUGGAAAUAAUGGCACUAUUUUGACAUUCGAUGAAGCAGUUUCCUGGUGCGAGGCAAACAAAAUGAAUAUGAUCUGGCAUAUUCCUUCCUUUUCUUCCGAUCUGCUCACAUACCUCCGCAACAAAAUAAUGCAGGAUAGCUUGUAUGACAAGGUUGCCGUGACAACGUACAACCUCAUUGCUGCUGGAAGGAUCAGAUGUACUGAUAGACAAUUGUUAAUGGGAAUGAUCUGGAAAAGUACCGAAUACUCCAUUGUCAACGGAACAGCUGUUGGGAACAUGUACACUUCAUGGUACUACUCAAUGAUGGACACGUUCACAUAUUGGGGAAUAAGAUCACUCCUAUUACCAAGUUUUCUUGGGGUCGACUUCCUCGUCACAAGUGUCGAUGACGCUGAUAGAGCUCUUAUUGUGGAAUCCUCAGCUUCUGGAAUGAGAACCAUAAUAUACGACAUGGAAACUGCAACCGAGCGUAAUUACUUUGCCAAUCAGAUGGAGCUACCAAUGAUAGUAAAUGAUCUUGUUUCUCUCCUUGGCACUGGUAAUUCUUCACCAACGACUCCUCCGUCAUCAUCCACAAAAGCUAAUAAGAACCGAUCCUGAUUGUUUCCCUAAUUUGAUUUUUGUUUUUGUUUUUUAAAUGAAAAUCACAGUUAAU